UAAAAGUUCUUAAAUUAUAUAUCACUAACUUGACACAUUGUUUUUCCCAAAAACAAGAAAAGGAACUCAUUCAAGAAACCAUCUUCCUUUAAACAGAAAUUUUAUUAUGGGAUCCCUAGAGAGAUCAAAGAAGAAAGCUCAAGUAUGGAAGAAAGCUGUGAUCCAUUUCUCUCUUUGUUUUGUGAUGGGUUUCUUAACUGGCUUUGCUCCUGCUGGUAAGGCCUCAUUUUUCUCUAAUUCCGAAACCACACCCUAUACUUCUACAAAAUCUCAGAAUCCACCCCAACCUUUUGAAAACUCUACCUACACACGCCAUUCCCUCCUCAAUACAACCUUGAUCAAUUCCCAAGUCCAAGCCCCUGCUCCUGUGAAGACGCGAGAAGCCGAAGCAGAGACCAAGUCUCUCUCCGAGACUAUAGAAGAUGAGAGCCAAGUUAAAGUGACACCAAGAGGACUAGUGAUUGUUGUCACUCCGGUGAUGACAAAAGAGCGCUACAAAAACGUUCUUCUUAGAAGAAUGGCUAAUACCUUGAGGCUAGUCCCACCUCCGUUAUUGUGGAUAGUCGUGGAGAAACACUCCGAUGCUGACGAAAAAUCCUCCUCUACAAUGUUAAGAAAGACUGGUAUCAUGUAUAGACGUAUAGUCUUUAAAGAGAAUUUCACUAGCAUGGAAUCAGAGCUUGAUCAUCAGAGGAAUCUAGCGUUGAGACACAUCGAGCAUCACAAACUAAGCGGGAUAGUUCAUUUCGCGGGACUAAACAACAUAUAUGAUCUUGAUUUUUUCGACAAGAUAAGAGAGAUUGAGGUAUUCGGUACUUGGCCAAUGGCGUUACUAUCGGCUAAUAGGAAACGAGUGGUAGUAGAAGGGCCAGUUUGUGAAUCUUCACAAGUAUUGGGGUGGCAUUUGAUGAAAAUUAAUAACGAGACAGAGACAAAGCCUCCAAUUCAUAUAUCAAGCUUUGCUUUCAAUAGUUCCAUACUUUGGGACCCUGAGAGAUGGGGUCGUCCUUCUUCGGUUGAAGGCACCAAACAGGAUUCGAUAAAAUAUGUGAAGCAAGUAGUUUUGGAGGACGAUACAAAGUUGAAAGGACUUCCGGCACAAGACUGUUCCAAGAUUAUGCUUUGGCGUCUCAAUUUUCCCACAAGAACACGUUUAAGCACCUGAUUUGCUUUAUUUUUAUCCUCUAAUCUCCUCCAAAUUAGACCUUUUCCUUCUUUUUUAUUUUUGGGAUUUAUACAUCACAGAAAAGGAAACACUUGUAGAGAGAACCACAAGCACAGGAAAAAAAAUGGAUUUGGAUCUGUCAUGAAACAGAGCUUGAAGUUUUUUUUGUCUGAGUUUAUUUAUACCCAAAGCUGAAACUUACAAAGAAUUGAACACAAAAGGAA